CUUUCAUUAAUUGUGAUCAAAAUCCUCCUUAGAUUUUCACUCUAAAAACCCCAAAUUGCAAAAAUCAUCUCAAAACCCUCAAAUGAAGUCCCCCCUUCUACUCUUCCUCUUCAUCUUCUUACAUUGCCACUUCCAGAUUUCAUCCGGGGUUUCAAGUUUAAACCCUAAUUUUCUAACAAACAAUGAAUUCGAUCCAAUGGUGAAAAGGGUUUGUAGUGGGACGAUUGGCGGGUGUUCAGAAGAUGAAAUGAUGGAAUCUGAGAUCAGUAGGAGGAUCUUGUUAAUGGAGAAAAAGUACAUAAGCUAUGAGACUUUAAAGAGGGAUCUUGUACCUUGUGGUACACCUGGAGCUUCGUACUACAAUUGUAAGGGCAAAGGGGUCGCUAACCCUUAUAAUAGAGGCUGUGAAAUCAUCACAAGAUGUGCUAGAGAUGCUAUAAACACAUAAUCUUGAGGGGUACAAAUGGUAAAGUUUUAAUCUUUCUUUUGGUUCUAUUUGGGGGUAUCCAUGUUUCGUGGAUUCUUGAUUUAUGUUGGUUUACUUUAACUUAGAGAGAUCAUUCAUGUUGUUGUUACAAUGUUACUUUCCUAUAAUUAAAUGCAAGUUAAUUUGGUUCUUAA